AUGUUGCUCUCCCCAAACGCCUUCGUAAUGAUCGACUUCACGUCGUUCACUAACCCUAAGCGGAAGAGCUCCUCCGAUGAGAGGGACUCUGGAACGUCUUCCCACUCGCCAUCUAGCCCUGUGGAGGCUCCCGCACAGCGCCACAACCGCCCAAUGUCGCUCGCACCUGCUGCGUAUAGCAAGCGAAAGCUGACUUCAUUCAAGAGAUCAACGAGCGUGAUGCUGGGUCUUGACGACAGAGUGAAUUCUCAGAACAGACGCUCUACCUCUAAGUCGUCCGACGCAGAUACUAGACAUGAGGGGAGCUCUCAGCAGUCCUCGGGGUCGGAUCCGCUAGCAGACAGUCGAGGGCAUCUCUCCCCAGCGACGAGUGCAAGCGGCAGCGUGGGUCAUGUGUUCAGAGAACCUUACUCACAUUCUAGUGAUGGUCACUCGUUGGAUAGCGAACUAGCCAACGUCGAAGAGCUACGCGAACUGUACCGGAAGUCGCAGGCUAGAGAGUCAAACUUCGCCAAACGCAAUGGGAAGAAGCUUCAUCGAUACCCAACACACGAUGUCCCUUACCCAAGAAGCUUCGACAGAGAGGUGAUCGACCUAGAUGUCUGGUGCAUGAUCUGGGGACAUCAACUCGUUGGAGAAGUUGCACUGCGCGGGGAAAAGGGUUAUCCAGACAAAAUGCACCGGCUCAUGGAUACUAAAUGCAAGCAUGAAGUGGAAGGUUUAGACAUCGUGCCUCUGCAUCCGGAUCUGGAAGAUAUAGAUCCAGAUCUGGCUGCUCGCAUUACAUGGGUGCAAGCGAAUUUCUUGGAACGCCUGCCAUUUCCUGACCAGGAGUUCGACUUCGUAUAUGCAAGGCGUAUAGCCCGCGGCGUCCCUGAGGAUAAGAUUACGGAGGAAGAUUUGUAUUUCCCUGGGAUACAGCACAUGACAGCGACAGUGAGAAAUAUUGCCCCAGAGCUUGCGCCCACGAUCACUUCGCCACGCUCGCCUUCUCCGUUCACACCUCCAACUGCGGUCCAGUCACUGCCAGCAUUUGAUGAGGUUGUCCUUUCGGACGACAUUACACGAACUUCCGAUGGUCAUUUAGUCACUGACGACAACCAUGUUCAUUUCUUCAGUCAACACAAUCCUCCCGUGGACCCUCGUGAUCAUUCCUUGCUCGAGCAUAUUUACAACGAGAUGCAUGCCGCGAGGUUCAUCAAUCUUACCCCAACCUCUAUUCUCAGCAACACGCUGCCUCUUUACUUCGCCGGAUUGCGUUUACAUCCCCCUCUACUCUCCAUGUUUCCGAUGCAAGAGCGCGGGCCUGACGCCUCCUUGGCGACCCCCCGCUCUCUCGCCUUGUCCCUCAGCAACUCAUCCAACCUAAAGUCACACAACGCCCAGAUGCGCUCAAACCAAGAGUUCUAUAUCGAGCAGGAAACCAUCAUCCAGCGCGCCGACCGCCUCGACUUCGCGCUCACACAUCCCCAGCCAGAUCGACUUCGCCCUUUCCUCAACGUCCCGCAGCUCAUAUCCGGCAAAAGUCUCUACGCACGAGCAGACAUGGAGCGCUACAACGCAUACGGCCCGCGCUCGAUCUUCCCGCCAAGCGAGUUCCAGCGACAUCACUUCGAGGGGGUUGACCCCACGCUCAUGCGCUCGGCCGCCGCGCAGAAGGCAUAUUCACGCACGCCUGGUAUAAAAGAGAGCGCUGAUCGCCUGUCGGUCGACUCAAUCCGCUACGACUUGCGCACGCUCAACCUGCAGCUCGCCCUGCGCGUGCAGGAGGUGCUCUCGUGCUCGGAGGCUAUGUGGGAUUUCGUUGUUGAAUUCCAGACCGCGCACGUCUCCGCCGAGCAACCCCCCGCUGAGGCGCAAGGUGUACGGGGGAAAACUUCACGACAGAACUCCGACAUGGGGCUCCCGACAGCUCACCGCGGAUCUGUGCUGGAUCCAAUGGAAAUCAUGAUAAUGCAAUUGACAAGACAGCAGUUCGAUUUUCUGCUACGGCGCUUCAAGUUCGAUGUGCAGGACUACAUGGAUUUGACCGACGUACUGGAGAACCGUCUGCAUUGGGGCCCUGUCUCUCUGUGUCGAACCGACGAGCGAAAGGAGUUUGACGUCCUCUGUGAAGCAUGGGAGCAAUAUCAAGCAGAGCUGCAAGCAGGCGCCGUGCGCCGACCCAGCGCUCGCGCAAGCACAGCAUCGAACCUCCCCUCCAAACGCUCGCAUGAGGCCAGGAGCUACGGUGACGACGGCUUGGGGACCAGCAGGCCACAUGCUCGCACCUCCCUUAACACCGCACGCCAAGACGGACACAGCGCGCCUCCUCAUGAAUCCGAGUCUGCCACGGCAGCACACAAACUCGCCUCGGCGCGCCGGUCCGCUCCCAGUCCCAACGCCGUUCCCGUCCACGAGCGGCUCUCCCGCACCAUCCGCACCUUCGUGGCUUACAAGGCCUAG